CGCCCGCGGGGUCCCCUCAGCGCCCUGGGCCGGCGCUGCCUGAGGAGCGCCCGCGGGGUCCCCUCAGCGCCCUGGGCCGGCGGCUGCCUGAGGAGCGCCCGCGGGGUCCCCUCAACGCCCCGGGUCGGCGGCUGCCUGAGGAGCGCCCACGGGGUGCUCUCAGCGCCCUGGGCCGGCGCUGCCUGAGGAGCGCCCGCGGGGCGCAGCGUGGGCGCAGAGCCGGGCAGCGCCCUCCGGGGAGACGCCGAAUCGGCCUCCGCAGCCCGGCGCAGGCCACAGACACCGUUCAGCACCUGGGCCGUGAGCCCUGGCCGAGAUGGCCCAGGCUGGCCCGGGGAGGGUCGGGACACGGCCUCGUAGUCUCCAGCCCCAGACGGUGCAGUCGUCGGCCUUUGAGGCUCUGCCUCACGCCGGUGAGGAGCAGAGCUCCGUUGCAGAGGAGCUACCAGAGGCGCCGAUGACAAGCAGCAGCACACAGAAACCUGAUGAAAACAGAAGUAAACGUAAAAAAGAGGUGGAGAAUGAAGCUUCAGAAAAUCCUCAGUUGUCCUCCCAUGACAAAACAGAUUUGGCUUUUUUUGAAGACUCACAGUCCCUUGACAAACAUGAACCACUGGAAAAAGUUUUAAAAGAGAUGAACAAAGAAAUCACAAACUUGUUAUCAAAAUAUGCUCACAUUUUAAGAUUUUUUCAAUUAAGUGAGAGAGCAGCGAUGGAUGCUUCUUAUGUCCAAGAACUUGAUGGAAUCUUAAAAGAAGCAAGGACCAUAGAAAACCACUUAAAACAGAAAAGAGAGGCUCUGAAACAGAGAUUCGCUGUGAUCGCAAAUGCUUUGCAGAGCUGAAUGGAGUUUGUUAGGCUGCAGGAAUGCAGAACAAGACUUGUAGUAUAUUUUAUGUAUUAAAAAGCAAACUGUGA